GAAUGCUUUAAGGGAAGCUGGGCCACUCACAAGCUAUUACACAAGAAAGCAAAAGAUGAAAAAGCUAAGCGUGAAGUUUCCUCUUGGACCUUGGAAGGUGACGUUAACACAAAUCCUUGGUCUGGUUAUCGAUACACUGGUAAACUCAGGCCACACUAUCCCCUGACACCAACAAGACCUGUGCCAAGUUAUAUUCAGAGACCGGAUUAUGCUGAUCACCCACUAGGAAUGUCUGAAUCAGAACAGGCUUUAAAAGGAACCUCUCAAAUAAAAAUACUCUCAUCUGAGGAUAUAGAAGGGAUGAGAGUAGUGUGUAGGCUUGCUAGGGAAGUAUUGGAUGUUGCUGCCAUGAUGGUGAAAGCAGGUGUAACUACGGAAGAAAUUGAUCAUGCUGUCCAUUUAGCUUGUAUUGCAAGGAAUUGCUAUCCUUCCCCUCUGAAUUAUUAUAAUUUCCCUAAGUCGUGUUGUACAUCAGUGAAUGAAGUGAUCUGUCAUGGAAUUCCUGACCGGAGGCCAUUGCAGGAGGGAGAUAUUGUUAAUGUGGAUAUUACUGUCUAUCGUAAUGGCUACCAUGGCGAUCUGAACGAGACAUUUUACGUUGGAGAAGUUGAUGAGGGUGCAAGGAGACUUGUCCAAACAACUUACGAGUGCCUAAUGCAAGCCAUCGAUGCAGUAAAACCUGGUGUUCGGUACAGAGAACUGGGAAACAUUAUUCAGAAACAUGCUCAAGCAAAUGGAUUUUCAGUGGUUCGGAGCUACUGUGGGCAUGGAAUCCAUAAACUUUUCCAUACGGCCCCUAACGUGCCACAUUAUGCCAAAAAUAAGGCAGUUGGAGUCAUGAAGCCAGGUCACGUAUUUACAAUUGAACCAAUGAUCUGUGAAGGUGGUUGGCAAGAUGAAACAUGGCCUGAUGGUUGGACUGCGGUAACAAGAGAUGGAAAGCGAUCUGCUCAGUUUGAACACACGCUUCUGGUCACCGAUACAGGCUGUGAGAUCUUGACUCGGCGCCUGGAUAGUAUUCGUCCCCAUUUCAUGUCCCAGUGAUAAGUCUAGACUGAGCAGGUGGAUCUGAAUGAGACAUAUAUAUAUUUUUUUUGUCUCUGUACUAUGCAUUUUUUUAAGAGUACAGAAUAGAGAGAUUUCAUCAUUUACUUUGUUCUCAGUGAUUGUAGAUAAGAGGAAUAUCUUGAAGAACCUGAC